GGGUGCCGCGGCUGGUGUCCGGGGGCCGGUGGGACUGUCUGACUGCGGGGGAUUCGUGCUCCAGCGACGAGGCGUGCAGCCCGCGCUUGAGAACACUGCGGCAGUGUGUCGCAGGCGGCGGAAGCGUGAAGCUGGGUCCGGGGGCACGCAACCACUGCGAGAACGCCGUGACGGCCCUGCUGUCUAGCCCUCUGCACCGAUGCCAGUGCAAACGGGGCAUGAAGAGAGAGAAGAACUGUCUUAGCAUCUACUGGAGCCUCAAGCAGUCCGUGCUGCAUGGGCUGAGCUUGGUGGAGAAUUACCCCUAUGAGCCUGUCGAGCGGGGCUUUGAUUAUGUUCGCCUGGCCUCCAUCGCUGCAGGGGUGCCGCGGCUGGUGUCCGGGGGCCGGUGGGACUGUCUGACUGCGGGGGAUUCGUGCUCCAGCGACGAGGCGUGCAGCCCGCGCUUGAGAACACUGCGGCAGUGUGUCGCAGGCGGCGGAAGCGUGAAGCUGGGUCCGGGGGCACGCAACCACUGCGAGAACGCCGUGACGGCCCUGCUGUCUAGCCCUCUGCACCGAUGCCAGUGCAAACGGGGCAUGAAGAGAGAGAAGAACUGUCUUAGCAUCUACUGGAGCCUCAAGCAGUCCGUGCUGCAUGGGCUGAGCUUGGUGGAGAAUUACCCCUAUGAGCCUGUCGAGCGGGGCUUUGAUUAUGUUCGCCUGGCCUCCAUCGCUGCAGAGUCUGAGGUGGGCAUGACAACAGUGAACCGUUGUUUGGACGCUGCUAAGGCCUGUAAUGUGGAUGAGACGUGUCAGAAACUACGCACGGAGUACGUGUCGGCGUGCAUCGCCCCAUCGGCGCGGGCUGGGCCCUGCAACCGAGCACGCUGUUGCAAAGCACUGAGAAAGUUCUUCGACCGUGUGCCGCCAGACUACACACACGAGCUGCUCUUCUGUCCAUGCUCUGACACGGCUUGUGCAGAGCGACGGCGCCAGACCAUUGUGCCUGCAUGCUCUUAUGAAGAAAGGGAAAAACCCAAUUGCCUGGCACAACUUCGAGUUUGUGAGGCCGACUAUGUGUGCAAGUGGGUAUUGCAAAAGAUGCAAGAAAAGCAAUGUGAGCUGCUCUCCAAAGGCAAUUUAUUUGGAGACAAGCAGCUAUGA